UAACUUGUUAUUACCUGAUAUCUUAGAAAGCAGCAAUUAUUCUACUUGUCCAAAAGAAACCUUCUUUGCCUUUUUGAAACUAUCUGAUUUCCAUUGCUGAACCAUGUAUUCCUCAAACUCAACUUAUGAUCAGAAAUACUCAGGUCCUCCAGCACCACUAAGCUCCAACAAUCCCCCAUUUCGAGCUCAGCCCCGAACCCAGCAAGAGGGUCCUUGGUCCACAGGCCUCUGUGGCUGCUUCGAUGAUCUUCCCAACUGUUGUAUAACGUGCUGGUGUCCAUGCUUUACUUUCGGACAAAUAGCAGAGAUUGUUGACGAAGGAGCAACCACUUGUGGUGCUAGCGGAGCAAUAUACGCACUAAUAGCGGCUGUGACUGGUUGUGCAUGUUGCUACUCUUGUACUUAUCGUAAAAAGUUGAGGAACCAAUACAUGUUGCAAGAAAGCCCUUGUGGUGAUUGUUUAGUUCAUUGCUUUUGCGAGCAAUGCGCCUUGUGUCAAGAGUAUCGUGAGCUCACAAACCGUGGAUUCGACUUGAACAAAGGAUGGAAAGGGAAUUUGCAGAGACAGAACUAUGGCAUUGGCAUGGCGACGGCGCCAGUGUUUGAAGGAGGGAUGAGCAAAUAAAGUGGAAGUCCUAGUUAUCGACAAAUGUUUAUUUGAUUAUAAAGUCUUAGAUAUUGUUUUGUUUUGAUUACUAAAUUAUAAUUUAUUGUAAAACAUGUUAGCUAAUUUUCAUUAUAUUUGAAGAAUAAAUUAAGAAACAAGAGAUUCAUUUUGA